UCACUUACAACAAGUCCAUUCACGAAACCGAGUGGAAACAACCCACGUUAACAGCUCUGUAGACUUCUUAUCCGUCUUAAUACUUGUAAGGAACGCCGCUGGUUCAAACAUCUGGGUAAAGAAAUAUUCAGCAGCAUCAUGAACUUCUUGGCUGUACUACAUUGUGUGAUACUUAUUUCAGUUUGCGAAAUACUUGAAGAUCAUCGAACGAACGCUGGCAUGUGCUGGCUGCAGCAGGGUCCGGAGCACCGCUGUGAUAUGGUGCUCAUGAGGGGCGUGAGUAGGGAAGAGUGCUGUGCAGCCGGCCGUCUGGACACUGCCUGGUCCAACACCAGUCUGCCAAUCAAUGAAGUCAGCCUGCUGGGAUUCCUGGGAAUAGUUUCCUGUAAGCCGUGCAAAGAGAACUGCGAGGGGGUCAACUGUGGCCCUGGAAAGGUGUGCAGGAUGAAGUCUGGACGUCCCCAGUGCGUGUGCUCUCCAGACUGUUCCAACAUCUCCACUAAACAUGCCGUGUGUGGGAGUGAUGGAAACUCAUACAAAGACGAGUGCGCCCUGCUGAUGGCUCGCUGCAGAGGUCACCCCGACCUGGAGAUUAUGUACCAGGGGGAAUGCAAAAAGUCCUGCUCAAAUGUCGUAUGUCCUGGGACGCAUACCUGUGUGACGGACCAGACAAACAGCGCUCACUGUGUCAUGUGCCGCACUGCUCCCUGCCCGAUGCCCAUGGUGACUGAGCAAACCAUCUGCGGCAACGAUAACAUCACCUACCCCAGUGCCUGCCACCUGCGUAGGGCUACCUGCUUUUUGGGUCGAUCCAUAGGGGUCCGCCAUUAUGGGCACUGCAGAAGUAAUGAAGCAACUGAGGAGAAUUCGCUCUUUUGAAGAUGUCAAGAGCAGAUCCGCUCCCUGUACCUAUUACGAUGGCACAUAAGACGUGAGAGAACCUGUUUGAAACCAUAUAGUCUCACUACACGGUCCUCUGUACCAAAGAACCACUACUAGUAUUUUAUACGCAUGCAAUUCAUACUUAAAGAAAAUGUGUGGUUUUAACAGGAGAACUGAACUGAUGAAUUGACAGUGUGCAUAUUGUAAAUAUACUACAAGCUACUAUUUAUUGGAAAAAAAGUAAGGAAGUCAGUGUUAUUUAUGUGUUAACACCAUAUAUCCGUACAUCAGCUGCCUAUAUCAAGGUAUUUAUUGUGGGGUUUGCUUCAGUUUCUUUUAUGUACAAGUCAGAAAUGAAUCAUGUAAACAUUCCCGUACCUAUGAAUUUCCUCAUGAUUACUGGAUAAAAAUGUCUAUUUUUUUCACAAAGAGCUAUUUCUUGUCAAAUAAAUAUUUUACAAAUUACUCUUCCAUAACAUUUUGUUUUUUUGUAUUAUUUUAUUUUAAAUAUUUUAUAUUAUUUAUAUGGUGUUUGUUACUAUAUUAACUUUUAAUUCCCAUGGUUUUCCAGACCUGGAAAUUAUCAUUUUAAAAUAUUUUUCUAAGACAGUGGGAACCUUGACACAAGCUCUCUGUAUGCCAGACAAAGUAUAUCAGUAUGAACAAAGCACAUACGGUAGAAUAGUAACCAGCUAAAACGAUGACCGAAAACCACUGAUACAUCUUCUUGAACAUUCCUAAGUACAACUUUCCCAAAAACGUGCCUCUCUGCAAAAUCCAUGUGGAGUCACAGUUGAAAUUCUUAUGGACAUGGGAGACUACUUAAUCAUUGAGAUAAAGUGUUGUGCGUGUACUGUUUGUAUUCAGAGGGAUUACUCAGCCAAAACAACUACGCUUCCAGGCCACGUUCACGCUGACGUGAAGACCAAACUGAGCCACCCACCAAGCAAUGAAAUUACCAGCUACAGUCUGAUGGCAGCAGUUUUUUACAAGGACGCUGGGACAGUCAAAGAAUGUACAGUACAUUCUACUGUUUUAAUGGUUUUCACAUUGUCGGGUUGUGUUUUUGUCAUUUUAUGUGUGUUUGAGAUUUAUGGUCACUAGGCGAAAUUCAGUGACUAGGUGUUUUAUCCGAUUCCCAGUUAACCAUAUUGUGAGCAGCAGACAAUUUGGUAGACGCAGAUAUUUGUGUAAAUCACCAUUGUACAAGUUUCCUCCAUACCUUUCUUUCAGAAGAUAUUCAACCUUUCUGUAAAUAGAGACCUUUUGCAGUAUCUGAAUAUGUACUGUAAAAUUCAGUUUAUUCAAUUGCAUAUUUUUGUAUUGUUUACUUACAUUUUUUAUUAAAACACAAAAUUAAUGUUGUGUUAAUAUGA